UGACAGUGUCAUUUGUAUAAAGCAAAAUAUAAACUAAAAUUCUAGUGCUGUGAUUCACCAUGACUCUUUAUAGCAACUAUGCGCAAGGGUCUCCCACCUAAGGAUUCAGAUGAACUGGUUCUGUUUCAAAAAGGCUACAAGCUUUUAAAGAAAUUGGGGGAAGGUUCCUAUGCUCCAGUGUUUUUUACCGAAUAUACGGAUUCGAAAAAAAAGGAAGAACCCAGAAAGUUAGCAUGUAAAAUUAUCGACACCAAGAAAGCGCCGAAGGAUUUUGUAAAAAAGUUUUUACCGAGAGAGUUAGAGAUACUGGCUUUAAUCAGUCAUCCACACAUUAUCCAUGUUCAAAGUAUUUUUCUAAGAAAACAAAGGUAUUAUAUAUUUAUGAAACUGGCAGAAAAAGGGGAUCUAUUGGACUAUUUGCUAAAAAAUGGUGCAACUUCUGAAAACAGAGCUAGAGUGUGGUUUAGGCAGAUUGCUUUGGCUGUGCAGUACCUACACGAACUGGGAGUAGCUCAUAGAGAUCUGAAAUGUGAAAACUGUUUAAUAUCAGCUAAUAACAACCUUAAAAUAGCCGACUUUGGAUUUGCUCGAUUUGUUGUGAAUGCAGAAGGACAAAAUAUGACCAGUUCUACUUACUGUGGUUCUCUUAAUUACGCAGCUCCUGAAUUACUCAAAGGGAACCCCUACUUUCCCAAAUCCUCCGAUUGUUGGUCUCUUGGUGUCAUACUCUAUGCAAUGUUAAAUAAGUCCAUGCCUUUCGAGGAAAAAAAUGUCCGGAAUUUAAUUAAUCGUCAAACGCAGAAAAAAUGGAAGUUCCGGUCCAAAGUAGUUGACGCGCUUAGCGAGGAAGUAAAGCAUAUAACCAAACGUUUGCUAGACCCUGAUCCAAACUCUCGUUGGAAAAUUGGACAAAUUGUAGAUUCCGACUGGAUAAGAAUGGACAACAGAUUGUGGGAAAUGAGUCCUGAUGAACAAAGAUGUCUUAACCAAGCUAGAAAAGAAUUCGCCAGAUACGUCGAAAAAUUAAAAACUACCAAAGACGGUACAGGUCCGAAUUUCAGUAAAUCCUCAACGUUGCAACUAAUUAAACAAACAGAUUUGGAGAAAGAUAAAAGCAUUCUAUUAAAAUCUCAACGUUUUCCGAUGGCUGUGAUUCCCAUGAUAGAUAAAAGGAGUGGUGAACAAUCUAUGGAAAAAGAAAAAACUGGAGAUGCCAAGAGAAGAAAACGGUAGUUUUGUAUCCAGUUAUUUUGUUAAGUACAUGUACAUAAACUUGUAAAAUAAAUGGGGUUCUUUAUA